AGCAGUGUUUCUGGUGCUUUCUGUUGGUGCUGGUAGUUAUUUUGCGCUUCGAAAAAAAAACAGACAGAAAAACAGUUAUGGAUGGACAACUUGCAAUUGCAAUUGCAAAUUCCCGGUUGUAAAGUAAAGACAUUUUAUUAGUUUAAACAAUACAAUACAAUCACUGUAGUUUGUAUCAAAUAUUAUUAUCAGCGUCAACGCAUAUACAAAAUAAAAUGAUUUCCGGUGAUUUCAUAUUGGAACUGUGUAAUGUUUUCUAUUCAGGACAAGUUGAGCCUGGUUCUUGCAUUCAACAUAUUCUAGGCACCAUUAAGACAGGUGUCAUCCUUAAAGAUGUUUCUAUUAUGGUACAAUCAGGAGAAGUGUUGGCAGUUUUAGGAUCAAAAGGUAGUGGAAAGAAAGCUUUACUUGAUGUAAUUUCAAGAAGAGUGCAGGGCCCAACACGAGGACAAAUUCUUCUGAAUAAUCAACCAAUGAGUCUUGCUGUAUUUCAACAAAGAUGUGGCUAUGUAACUCACCACUAUAAUUUUAUCCCUGGAUUAACAGUAGAGCAAACUUUAUAUUUUGUACCUACAAAACUAUCUGGAUAUUUGAAAAAGUCUAAAGUUAAACAAAUCAUGGCUGACUUGGCUCUAUCACAGGUUGCAAAUAGAUGUGUGGAGAAUAUUAGUUUGAGUGAGUUGAGGAGAUUAAUGAUUGGGGUACAACUUAUUAAAGAUCCAGUUGUGUUACUAUUGGAUGAGCCAACUUGGAAUUUAGAUCCUCUUAAUACCUACUUAGUAGUGUCAAUUUUAUCAAACGCUGCUAAGAAAUACGGUACAGCAAUCAUUCUAACAAUGGAGAAGCCACGCUCUGAUGUAUUCCCGUUUUUGGAUCGAGUAUUAUAUUUAUGCCUUGGAGAUGUUGUUUAUGCAGGGAAAACACGACAAAUGUUGGACUAUUUUAACGCUAUUGGUUUUCCAUGUCCACAACUUGAGAAUCCACUGAUGUAUUAUUUAUGUUUAUCAACUGUUGAUCGUCGAUCAAGAGAACGUUUCAUUGAAAGCAACAAUCAGAUUGCCGCACUGGUUGAUAAGUUUAAAGUUGAAGGUUUGAUGAUAACUAAAGCGAAUUCCGAAGUACGACCAGGCGAAGCAGGAUUAAACAACAAAGUACCUUUGUUACAAAGGAGGAUUAGUUGGUUUACCAUCGCCUGGUUAUUAUACAUACGAUUGUUGACUGCAACACUUAAUCUAACAUGGACUGGCGUCAAACAAACAUUUCUACGUCUCUUUUUACUUCCAAUAUUCUACGGAUUCCUCUGGUUAUUCUACAGUAACAUCGAGCAGGAUCAAUAUUCGGUAACAUCAAAAACUGGUUUGGUUUUUAAUUGUAUAAUGGGCACAUAUUACACGGGAAUUAUGAGUGCGUUAAUAUUAUAUCCCACGUAUAGAAAACAAUACAAUCAAGAAUCUCAAGAAGGAAUUUAUGGAGGUGGAUUGUUUCUAUUCACAUACAACUGCAUUUCGAUGCCUUUCUCGUUGAUUUCCAUGUUUCUAAGUUCUGCAAUUGUAUUCCCACUAGUAGGUCGAUUAAGUGAUCAAUGGGAAGAGUACAUUUAUUUUACACUAACCCUGUUCGCUAGUUAUAUACUGGCUGAACAAAUUACAAUUGCUUUAUUAAUGAUGCUCAAGGAUAAUAUCAAAGCAGCCAUUUGCAGCUUGUAUAUUACUUCCGUGUCGGUGGUGUUAGGAAGUGGGAUUUUAAGGUCUUUCAAAGGUUUACAGGAAUGGUUAUUUUACUUUACAUACGCGUUACAAAUCAGGUACGCUUCAUUGUACCUAUCUAAGUUUGUACUUCUGGGUACCAUGUCGGAAACGGUUCUUUUUGAUAACAAAGUUAAUUGUACCAAUGUUAAUGUGCAACCUUUGCCGUUAGAAUGUCUAAACAAACAGAAUUACGUUUAUUUAUCGGAGCGUUAUUCAAGGGAAAACAAUGCGCCCAUUUUUGCUGGUGUUUUUGAUGAGGAUGUUAAUUUGUAUAUGUCUCUUGCUUUAUCAUUUGGAAUUGUAUUUCUGAAUUUCGUACUGCAUAUGUUGCCUUUGCCCACGUUUGCAAAUUCUAAGUUUCGAUAGAUUUAUAUUUUAUUUAUUUUAUUAGCAAUUAGAUUGUGUAGGUCUUUAAAAGAUUACAUUUUUGAAUAAAUUAUAGUGUUUAUCUAUGGUACAA